CCGCAAGAAACCGAAAAUAAUAGGCGACUUGUAAACGCGGAAGCAAAUUGGAAGAAAACCUCUGCAAGGCUCUCAAUCGUUUCUCGGCCAUGGCGACGGCGGCUUUCUCUCCUUCAACAACCACAGCACGCCAGUCCCCUCCAUCGAUCCUCCGUCUUCCCAAUCGCUCACCGGCGGCCUUCUCUUCGCCUCCGAGUUCAGUCUCCUUCAGAUUCUCCACCCCGCCCAAUCUCUCCCGUCGAUCGUUUCUCUCCGUCAGAUCAUCUUCCGUCCCUGCAGUCGCUCCGCCGUCUCCCGGGGGAGUGGCUCCGGCGGUGUCGGUGACGGAGGGUGCGUUGAAGCACCUGAAUCGAAUGAGGAGCGACCGAAAUGAGGAUUUGUGCUUGAGAAUCGGAGUGAAGCAGGGCGGGUGCUCGGGGAUGUCUUACACGAUGGAGUUUGAGAAUCGGGGCAACGCUAGACCCGACGAUUCCGUGAUGGAAUACGACGGCUUCGUUAUCGUUUGCGAUCCAAAGAGUCUCCUAUUCAUAUUCGGGAUGCAGUUGGAUUACAGUGACGCCCUCAUCGGGGGUGGCUUCUCUUUCAAGAACCCUAAUGCGACGCAGACGUGUGGCUGUGGUAAAUCUUUUGCAGCGUAGAUGUGAUGAAGCUGCAGAAGGUUCAUUGUGAUUCACAAAGUUGAAUAUUUACUGUGUAGACAAAUGUUAGCUGUAGCUCUCUAGCUGUAAAAGUAAUUGUCUUUCUUGCAAAUGGUGUAAACGUAUAUCAGUGGCCUCACUGUGUUGUUUGAAGCUUUUACUCUUGUCAAACAAGUGAUGCCUGUAAAAAAAGAACACAUGGAAUUACUUUGUCACUUCCAUAUGUUUUUCUCUACCCGAAACUUUGAAGUUUGAGACUACUGAUAUAUAUGGGGUAUGAACAAUUUGACAAAACUGUGGUAUGUAAAAUCUAAUCAUCUCGAGUUAAAUAUGAGAUCAACAAUCAUAAGUCUUAAGAUGU